GCUUGCCUAUCUUAUACCGCCAAUUUCGCUAUGAGCGCCAUCACAUAAUCAUUAAACCCAGCUGCCGCCUUGCAGAGAAGAAUCGCAAUGGGGGCUGGACAAUCAACACCGCCAAUCAAACAUCGGCUCCAACAAGCAUUUAGACUCCCGUUGGUUCGGAAAAAGAGAAUCACUGACUCAGAACCGCAACAACCUGAGAAACUUGAAAUCACAGUCACCCAGACAAUUACACAGGAGACAACCCCUAUCGCUCGCUCUGACAACACUCCUCGCAGAAGUCCAGUUAGAAGUCCACCACUCCUGACAAUCAACGCUGAUGCAGCGCUAAGUCCAUCAGGAUCGCCAGCUGGGGUGACGUUGGGGAUUCCGGCUGAGCAUAUUCUAGAUGAAAAUGCUUCGGAAAUCGAUGCCCCGAUGCCACGUCUGACUCUCUCAAACCUAGCCGCAAUGACUGAAGCAGAAGCAUUUACUGUUUCUGAUACACCUUCGAGCUUAACCACUCAAGGGUCUGGUCGAUCUCAUUGUAUGCAGAGUCCAUUUGAGGUCAAUUCGAUGACGCCAGUGUGUAUAUCACCUGAACACAUCGUGGAGAUUAGCAGGCACAGGAGCAACCCCAGUGCCUGUUAUUUUUGCGAUAUUGAAUACUGGCAUAAUUUCGAGCCUAAAGUGUAUCUUCCCUGUGGACAUUCUUUCGGGAUUCGCUGCCUGUAUGAAUGGAUGUCGGCGGGACGUAUUGAUACAGACCAAAUCAGAUGCCCUCACCAAUGUAUCAGCCUCCGACACCACUGUGGCCACCUUACCACAUCAUGCGGUUCUGAGCCAUAUCCAUGGUUUACCGACGUCUCAGCUACUGCCAUUCCAUCAGUUUAUGAGUUCUGCAGAAAGGGAAGGGGCAGAAUGUUGAAUAGAGACGUCAAGCGGCUUCAAAAAAUAGAGAUGGCUUUAAUGCAAGCCUCGAUUGAAAACCGGAGAGGGCGGCUGCACAAAUUCCUUGACGUGAUUUGUUUCCGCCAACCUCCAUUUAGAAAGAAGCUACUAUUGGCGGUAAGAAGACUGAGAGUCAAAGUCCUGUCAGAGCUGCGACGUAAACACUUGCUUUGGUGGAUCAAUGAAUGGCUGGCUGGCGGGUAUGUUCCCCUUGAGGAGGUGUUAACGGGGCCACAAGACGAGGUAAUCGACAACUUGAUACGUAACGAUUUUUUGCAGAUACUUUGAAUCUGGAGAUUUUGAAAGCGAUUAUGAAGCUGGAGGUGAUAGCGGGGUUAUUGCUUGGUACGGGAUGAUUUCUAGUCUCGUUUCUUUCUGUUCUUUUUGGUUGAAUCUCCUUAUAUCCUUGGAUUGAUGCGUGGGCGGUAUUAGCGAUGCUUCAUUCAGCGGUGCUUCAGCAGUUACAUGGAAUACAAC